AUGUCGUCUCAGCCCCAAAAGAACCCCAAUGCCCGCUCCAGACGCGCCGCUCGGGCCUGCACCCGCUGUCACUCCCGCAAGGUCCGCUGCGACGGCUCCAUCACCGGCUUCCCCUGCACAAACUGCCGUCUGGACGGCCGAUCAUGUACCCUGCACUCGGGAAAGAGGGACAAGGAGAAGCAGAUGCUCAAGACGAUUGCGAGGGAACGUGGCUUGAGUCACUGUCCUACCCCGGAUACCGGCAAACUACAUCCAGAGCAGAGAGGCUUGACAUUUGUGAGAUCUCAGAUGGCCCUCAGGGUCCCUGUCCAAGAGGUUCUGGACGUAUUCACGAAACAUUACUUUCUAUACGUCCAUCCGUGUCUCCCGGUGGUUGACGAGGCGCUGUUCUGGAGGAAGUACCGGAGUGUCGAUGCAAGUGCCGGCAAGAUCUCGACUUUGCUUUUCCAGGCAAUGCUUUUUGCUGCCAGUCCGUUUGUCCCUGUUGAGACCGUCAAAGAGUGCGGGUAUGACUCUCUGAUCUCUGCGCGAGACGACCUCUAUCGACGAGCCAAGCGCCUCUACGAAACCGGCGUUGAGAAAGACCGUCUAGUCAUCUCCCAGGCCUGUCUGAUUUUGACCUACUACACCACCGACGCUGAGCGCUCCAACAACUCCCGCUGGCUGCGCAUCGCAAUCCGAUACGCCAAAAAAGAACGGGCACAUGUAUACCACCACUUCCCCCAAACUGGUCUGGGGCCAGGGAGGAAGAAGUCCGACCUCAAACGCCUCUGGUGGUGUUGCAUGAUUCGAGACCGAAUAAUCUCGCUUGGCAUGCGUCGUCCGAUCCAAAUCGCCCCGGACCAGUUCGACCUGCACCACCUAGGGCUGUCGUUUCACGACCUAGAAGAAGAAUGUUACCAUUCGGAGGUGUAUACCCCCGACAUAAAGAUCGCCCUCUGCCGCGUCCUUGCUAGCCUGUGCCACCUUGUCGUUGCAGUGACCGAUCUAAUCAUGCUCGUUUAUCCAACAACGCAGUGUAUGCCGUUCAGCCUGGCAGACCGUCGGAUGCAGUUGGAUAGACUCGAAGAGACCAAGUUUGCGCUGCUGGACUGGGAACUCAGCUGGGUAGCGAAUCCAGAUGGGAAGGAGUACUACAUUCAUCCGUCGUUGACCCUCUAUACCAAUCUUUGCGCCAUAUACUUCCAAUCCGCUCGUAUCGCUUUGUGUAACCGCAUCUGUCUUCUAAUCGGCUACAACACGUACCUAACAGACGAGACCGACCUGUUUCGCAUCGAGUCCUGUCGUGCCGAGCUCUCAACGGCAAUCCGCUCUACAGCCGAUAACGUAAAACAGCUCCUUCUCAACGGUGUCGCUGAUAAAUUGCCUAUAAGCGCAGUAGCAUACACCCUCCUCCCGCAAAUCCUUCUAAGCAUCCAGACCCAGCUCUCCACCACCCCCGAAGACAAACAACUCCACGAAGUCAUGCUCGUCUUCUUCACCGAGGCAUUCCGCUUUCUUCGCAGCCAAUACUACAUGAGUCUCAUAUUUGCAGUUUCAUGGAAAGCAUUGGAGCUAUGCCGGCCCGCCUCUCCUACCCCGUUACCAUCGUCGGAUCUCAGCAACGCCAACAGCAGCAACGGACGCCAACUAGUCCUAAACCCCCCAUUCUUCACAGACCUCACCGCAAAUGAUCUAUCCUGCCACCCGAACCUCUUCCAGCUGAAACUCACCGAGUACAUCCGGCUGCUUAGCUACGUGGACGAGUUCAUGUCGUUGCGGAGAGCGCCGGGGGGUGCAGAUUUCAUCUAUCCUUCUCCUUCUAUCCAGUCGCAGUCUCAGUUGCAGACUCACUCACAUUCACACCAACGGUCGUAUUCACAAGGCUCUUCGUCUACGUCGGCUUCUUCUAUAAAACAGCGCGCAGCCUUAACCGCUGCUGCUGCUACUACUGAUUCACCCCAUGACACGAGCACAAUCUACUCUGGCGACGGGGAGGAAGAAGACUCAACCAGUCCCAGGUGGACGGAAGACUACUUUUGGGUUUAUUUUGGAGAGAAGGAGUUGGAGGGGGAGAGUCCGCAAACCACUACCACUACUACCACUACCACCACGAGCCCCACUACUAUUAGCAACAACAACAGCAGUAGUAGUAACAAUAGUGACAGCAGCGGCAUUAAAGACAGCAAUACGCCCGGACACGAAGAAGGAGAUAGACACGGACCCGAAGUCACAAGUGGAGGAGGAGGACGCCCUCCACACUAUACCUCACCAUCCAAGUACGAUGAAUCCAGGACCGGGUCCGAACCCUCAAUAAUGGCAAAAGCCAAGGGGAAAGAAGAAAAAGAAAGCAGCGAGGAUAGUAGUAGAGCGGACACAUUCCAGAAUAUGCUUGAUUGUUUGCCCUUGCUGGGUGAGUAA